UUCACGAAUCAUAGGAUGUUGCACCCUGGAUGUUUUGACCAAAUGUAACGUUACUUGCUUUAUUUGUGAUUAAUGUAUUUUUACAGAUAAUGAAACUUGUAAUUGUUGCAAUAAUUCGACAUUGCAGCCAUGUUGCUUCCGUCUGACAUAGCGCGGCUCGUUUUAGGAUACAUGCAACAAGAGGGACUGUGUUCUACAAGCCAGGCAUUCAUUCGUGAAAGCCCCAAUUUGAAGGAGUACGCAGAACACAGCUCAGAUGAUGCAACUAUUCCUGCUUGUGUGUUUUCCCUCUUUGGGAAAAACCUGACAACUAUUUUGAAUGAGUAUGUUGCUGUCAAAGCUAAAGAGACAAUUGAAGAGACUCAGAUACCUGUCAUGAUGACAUCUUUGUGGAAAAAGCUUGAUUUCACACUCAAUCAAAUCAAGUCUAUGCAAAACUCCCCAGCUAUUAUCCAGAAUCAAAGACUCCGCACACGUAAUGGGAUCGUGAACAUGAGGGGGCGACAGAGAGCCUUGCCAUCAACGCAGUCCCCCAGCUCUGGGUUUCUGUCAUCGUCGGCCCAGGGCAUCGCCAACCCAGUCUGCUACAGCUCCCAGCAGACCAGACCCUCCCCAAUCUGCGGCACACAGCCCCAGAUCCAAGAUGGAGGACGUCCGCUCAUUAAUGUGAACCGGGAGUCACCUUUGCAAAUAACGGUUCCAGACAACCGGUUAACCACAGGACCAUUAUCCCCAGGGCGUCGGAAAUGUGACUCCCCCAGGAGGAGAGGUGGGGGCUCCGCUGGGACUGGAAGAGCCAACAUGGUGGCCAGUAGCCUGACAGCAGAGCUCCAGAGUGAAGAGGCAGUCACAGAGAAUUUCCCUCAAAUGUUGAUACAAAAUGCAAGAGAGAGGAUUCUAAAUGACAAGUCCUUACAAGAGAAGCUUGCUGAAAACAUCAACAAAAUUCUAGCAAGUGAUGUCAGUCCUCAGGCUUUAAAGGCAUCAUGCAGCACCAUGGAGCCUGACCAGUCAAUAGAUGAAAUUCUGGGCCUGCAGGGGGAGAUUCAUAUGUCUAAUGAUGUUAUACAAGACAUCUUGGAGCAGACAGAGUCCGACCCAGCCUUCCAGGCUCUUUUUGACCUCUUUGAUUACGGCAAAAGCAAAACCAGUGAGGAUACUGAACAAGGAGCUGGGAACGUGAGCAAUACCACCACAGAGAAUGGUGAGACUGAGACUAGAUGUAUUGAUGCCUCUUCUGAGACUGGAGACCCAGGCACUGGGCCUGAAAACUCGACAUGUGGACAAGAAAAUAGAGUAACAAAGUCCAGUCAAGAGCCCAAGAGUAAGAAAACAAGGAAAUCUGCACCUCCUGUUUCAAGCACUUCAAAGGCAACUCAUGGAUCCAGUAGCAGAGGGUUGAGAAGGGGAGCUAGCUCAACAACUCCUGGACCCAGUAGCAAAGGGGUGAGAAGGGGAGAUAUUGCAACUCGACCCUCAGCACGUAUUGAUCAACUUGCCGCCGCCGCUGCUUCUUCUGCCGCUAAGGACUCUGAUAGGGUUGACUCAGGCUCCAUCUUUAAUCCGGAUGUAUCAGGCGUGGAUAUAGACGAACCUCUCAAUACCCCCCUUGACAGUAUAGCUCCGCCAGAUGUCUUUGAGCCAGUCAGACAGGAGAGUGGAACAAUUCGUCCGGCGUCAGCAUGCAACACACCUUCAUCUGAAACCAGGACGGUCUCUGCUGUGAAAGACAUAUUAGGCAAUGAGAACACAGUGGGGGCUGAUGGUAGACAAGUGGUGGAUAACCAAGCUUCACUUCUUAACUCCUCACCUUCCCUGUCCAAUUCCAUGCCAAUGCUGGAUCAGUCAAACAAGGCUCCCAUACAGGCCUCUAACCUGCCUCAUAGGAAUAUUACCCCUCCCAGCAGUGUAGGAAUUUCACAACCUCUACCACAUACCAUACACUCUAUGGCUGUCCCCUCAACAGUUACAACAACUCCUGCUGCCCCAACCUUCAUCCCAAACCCCAACCCUACAGGCAAGGAAGUAGACCCCAGUAAGAUUGUUGCCCUGAAGAUCAUAAUCAGCGAUGAGCAGGAGGAGCCUUCCAGUGACUCUGCCCUGAACCAGGCUGUGUCCAGCAUCACUGGGGACAGGAUCCCCACCAUCUUCCUCUCCUCUCCCACCAAGUCACCUACUAAGGCCCCGGCCCUCAGUGGAGCCCCAAUGGCUCAGGAGGAGACUGUGCAGGCGGUGAGCAGCUUACAGAGGACAGAAGUCCUCCUGCCAGCAGAGACCAAUCCUCUUAGUGGGAAAGCAGGGGAUGUGGCAGCAUUGGCAGGGACGUCAUCUGCGUUGACACAGCCUGGCUACUACAUUCAGCUGCCCUUUGAUUCAGCCACAUCCACCAACAGCUACAUCUUAGUGACAGACACAACAGCUACAGACCCCCAGUCCAACAAGGUGAUAUUACCCAGUGGCGCCCCACAGGUACAGACUGUACCCCCUACCUCAUAUACUCUGGCCACUCCACCCUGCUAUUCCCCUGGAAAAACGGGAGCUUCUGGAUCGAAUAUAGAUACAAAGCAGGUCCACCCGCAAUCCUCUGAAAGCACAGGGCAGCAGAAGGUAGCAGUUGGCUCGAGCCCCAGCCAUAGGAGGAUGCUUUGCUUUGAUGGGUCUGCUGGUGAAACUUCCACCUCCAAAGCUACAGCUACUGCUGUAUCGCCUGUCCAACAGGUGGAGAAAGAGAUACCUAAAUCUGCCUCUGCUAUCUUGGGGAGCAGUAGGCCAAAAAGGAGAAUAGAGACUGUAAGAUGUACAGACAACACUCAGACAUUAUGGACCGGAACAGAGACGGAGAAAUCCUCCACUGUCCAAAAGCAGAAAGAAGCUGCGAAAAAGACCCCUUCAAAGAGGGACGCAGAUCAAAAUGCUAGUCAAAGUGCAAGUACCAGUAGAUCUCAGAGUGCUGGUAGCAGUAGGACUGAUGCUUCACAGUCAGAGUCCAGGAAGCGAUCUCAAUCAGCAGACAAGAAGGAUGAUGGUGGAGCAGGACCUAAGGAUGCCCAGAGCUCCAGGUCCUCUUCAUCUGAUCACAGACUGAGAUCAGGGAGCAGGAAAGAGAAAGACGCAUAUAGACAAGAGCCUACUGAGAAAUCUCCUGCCAAGGAGCGGGAGGGGCGGACAGAGAAAAGGACAUCUUCUCAGGAUCCCCCUCAUGUCACUGCCAAUAAGGAGAAUGAGCUGGAGGGGGGAAGGCGAGAGCAGCAGCCCACACCAGCACCAAGAGCAUUCAGCCCGGCCCCCCAAACCCCUGUCCCCCAGGCUUGCUCCAACAAAUUCCCCUCCAAGACCAGCCCACUGACCAAGCAGGCAGCUGAAAUGCUCCACAACAUCCAGGGUCUAAACCCUCCCUCCACCCCUCCUAAGAAGCCUGGCAUUGGCUGUCUGGAGCUGCCUCUUCCUCGGACCCCUGGCCGUCUCCAGGAGUCUCUAUACUGCCCCAGGACUCCUGCACGUCAGAAGCUAGACAGAAACGGAGAGGGCACCCCCAGGCACCUGGUCCCUCCCACCACCCCAGACCUUCCCUCCUGCAGCCCAGCCAGCGAAGCAGGGAGUGAAAACAGCAUCAACAUGGCGGCUCACACACUGAUGAUCCUAUCCCGAGCCGCCAUUGCCAGGACAGGCUCCCCACUGAAAGACAGCUUGCGCCAGGAGGGGGCUGGAGCAGUGACCCCUGUAGCCUUCAAGAGCAAGAAGCGCAAGCAGCCUGAGCCCCUGGCCAGCCCGCCAGCAAAGAAAGAUAUCUCAAGUUCAUCUGGCAGUAAGAAGAAAGCAAAGAAACAGCAGAAACUAAUGGAUUCCUUCCCCGAUGACUUGGAUGUGGAUAAGUUCCUGUCUUCACUGCAUUAUGAUGAGUGAUGGGUUGAGUUAUAGAAGUUGGACAAUAGGAUGAGAAUCUCCCAAACACUACUUACCUACUCUCCAGGAAUUGAACAAGCCAUAAUUUACUGUCACAGUGCCUAUGGUUAAAUCAUAGGUGUUAGGCACCUGUGGUCUCGUGGAGCAUGUCCUCAGCUAUUAUUUUUUCUUCGUUGGUAUGCCUGCUUGUAGGGUUUGUCCUACAUCCUUUGGCGUAACAACUAAUUAUACAUGUAAUGUAUAUACUGUAUAGACAUUAUUGCAGAAAUGCUAGAUUGAGAGCACUUUGGUUCCAUUCAAGGACUGUAAUGUUAAGAAUGGUUUCCCAAUCUUGUAUUAAUAAUUUCAAGAAUUCAACCCUUUUUCAAUAUUUCACUGUGUCUAAACUUUAAAUGAUCCACCCAACACACUAUGGCUGUGGUUAGACAGGCAGCACAAUUCUGAUCUUUAUUUCACUAAUUGGUAUUUUGACCAGAUCAGCUGUGAAAAAGAUUGGUCAAAAAGACCAAUUAGUGGGAAAGAAUAUCAGAAUUGGGCUGCGUGGUGUGUGUAAAAUACAUUUGUGCAGAUGUUUUCUUUACUAGUGAUUUUAAAUUAAAUUUGUUUUAGA